GGAGAUGUCACUGUAACAAAGAUUUUUGCUGUUUUGUGCGUUAGUUUGUGUUGUGUAAGUGAGGGAGUGAUUGUGAUAGUCUUUUCUUUUCCUUUCUUUCUUUUUCUCUCUGUAUUCGUGUAAUGAGGAUGCGUGAAGUUAGCGACCCAACCCAUCGGCCAUUUACAAACUAAUAAUAAUUACACGUAUCUGUUAUCUCUCUGCUAAAAAAGAAAAGACGACCUGCCAUUUUUGCAGCCCACACAGAAGCUAUAGAUCAUGAUAACCUUUCGUUUCGUCAUCACCCCUUCUCUUUCACUCUUCUUCUCUUUCUUUUAUUUCUUUCAUCCCUACUACUUCUACUGGUCUUUGUUUUAAUACCCUCUUUACCACCAACCCCGUUCCUCCUUUUUUUUUUUUUUUCUUUUUUCCCUUUUAGAGAACAAAAUUUUCUGUUCUAACUCCGUCUUUCUUUUAUCUCUAACCAAAAAAGAAAAGAAAAGAAAAGAAAAGAAAGAAAGAGAAGGGCUAUCUAUGGCGGAGGGUUUUGAACCCUACCAUGUCCCACAACAAAGUAGAAGAGAUAAGCUAAGAAUUGUGACUCAAACCCACCCACAAGACCUCCAUUCUUGCGCUUCUUUACUUCCUCUUUACGAUCCCUCUCUUCUCUCUUCAGAUUUGCUCGCUUGUGCUGCUUAUAGUAACUCGCUUUCACCUUGUAAUAAACCAAACCCUGUUUCUCUUGUCAAAGAAGAAGGUCCUCAUUUAAUGGGUUUUGUUGCCGGGAUCGUUACUGCUAAUGCUACUUCUUCUUGUUCUUCUUCUAUUACUACUGCUGCUACUACUACUACCACUCACCAUCUUCAUCCCCCCUACUUGAAUCCUAUAUCUUCUCCUUUGCCUUUAAACCCUACUUCAGUUCAUGAUAUCAAUGCUUCUUCUGAUCCUUUUCUUUAUACGCCAAAUAAUCUUCAAAACCUCAGAGAUUUUGACCACCCUUUUAAUGGCAGUGCUGCUCAAGCUUUACCCUUUAAACCAGAACCUUUGUCUACUACUACUGGUCAAGGCUUGUCUUUAUCUUUAUCUUCUCACCAUACCCACCAAACAAAUCUUCCUUUGGAGCUUAAUUUGCAAAGAUAUGACUCUGCAGUUUAUGAUCCUGAUAAGGUUACCGCUACAGGCGGCGGCGGCGGUUAUUCAGUUGCUGGCAUUAUUGAAGGCAGUGGCAACUUGACCCCGAAUGAGCUGUCUAGGAGUUCAGUCCCUCUUGGACCUUUAACUGGUUAUGCUUCUAUUUUGAAGGGGUCAAGAUUUUUGAAGCCUGCACAGCAACUGCUCGAAGAGUUUUGUGAUGUGGGUAGGGGAAUUUACAUCGAAAAGAUAACGGCUGAUGCCUCUUUGAUGGAUUCUCCUGUUGACUGUUUGAAUGCAUGUGGAACUGCUGACGAUCCACUUAAUUGUGGAGAUGGUGAAAGUCGGAGAAAGAAGUCUAGACUGAUUUCAAUGCUGGAUGAGGUGUACAGGAGGUACAAGCAUUAUUAUCAGCAGAUGCAAGCUGUAGUGACAUCUUUUGAGUGUGUUGCCGGGCUUGCCAAUGCAGCUCCAUAUGCUAGCUUGGCCUUGAAAACCAUGUCUAAACAUUUCAGGUCUUUGAAGAUUGCAAUAACUGACCAGCUUCAGUUCACCAAUAAGGGCCAUGGCCAACUGAGCCAUGGAAAAGAAGAGGCUAUAAGGUUAGGGAACAUUGAUAGAGGCCCUUAUGUUCAAAGGCCUGGUCAGAGCUCAGGAUUCGUCGACCACCAGCCUGUUUGGAGACCGCAAAGGGGGCUUCCGGAGCGUGCUGUGACUGUCCUUAGGGCAUGGUUGUUUGAACACUUCUUACAUCCCUAUCCCACAGAUACAGACAAGCUAAUGCUGGCCAAACAAACGGGUUUAUCACGGAGCCAGGUGUCCAAUUGGUUCAUUAAUGCAAGAGUAAGGCUCUGGAAGCCAAUGGUGGAAGAAAUACACAUGCUGGAGACACGGCAAGCACAAAAGGCUACACAAAAGGAGGACCAAAAUGCCAACAGAUCAAGUGAUCAUGCACCUCUUUCAAACUCUGCUGUAUCAGAUAACCCAUCAACCUCCAUCCAAAGAGUUCAAGACAUCCCCUCAAAGCGCACUAGAAAUGAUCUUCCUGAUUUACCUCUGGGUAGUGAGGAACCACUGAAUUUGUCUUACAACAAUAUGUCAAACCACCCACCGAUAGGAGUUGGUUUAAGCCCAGCAAAUGGAAGCGGUGGUGUUUCUUUGACACUAGGCCUUCACCAGAAUAAUGGGAUAGGUUUGUCAGAGCCCUUUCCUAUGAAUGCAGCUCAACGAUUUGGUCUUGGCCUAGAAACAAAUAGCCAGGGAUUUGUUAUGGGGGGAUUUGAAGUACAAAAUCGGCACUUUGGAAGGGAUGUUAUGGGAGGGCAACUGUUGCACGAUUUUGUUGGUUGAAGAUGUUUGAUUUUUGUAAGAGUCAUCCAUGCUAACAAGGUUAUAUUCUGGAUAAGCAUUCAUUGACUAUCAGAACUCAAGCUGAUAAACAAAGGUCAAACGCUUGCCUCUUUAUCAAGUAACAAGGUAUGAUCAUCGAAUUGAAAGUGUAUAUGAUCUCUUAAUACAGUGCCUAAGAGAAAAAAAAGAUUGGUGUAAAAUUCUUCUGUAAAUCUAUAAUUAAAAUGAUAAGAAAUGAUACCUUAAGAUAAAAACUAAAUCAUGGGUAGAAUGGCUUUAGAUGGUGGUUUUGUGUGAACGAAAGCUCACAUUUUACAAGCUCACCAUCGUCGCAAGUCAGAAAUGGUCUUAAUGACAGGUUCUUGCUUGAGGUCAAAUUUCUCAA